AUGACCAACAUCCACAAAGCGACGAACGCUCAUCAAGAUAUUAAAGAUCUAAAUCAGAAUAUGUUAUAUUUGUCGGAUAUAUGCUUAGCAACGUUAAAAGAUUGCAUUCGACAACAUCAAGCCCUCAUUGAAUUCUGCAAAUUGAUGGAUGAAGUGUUCAGAGUGAUUAUGCUUUUGCAAGUGUUAAUAUUUAGCAUAUUGGUGUGUUUGGUUGGAUAUCAAUUAUUUUUGGUGACUUUGAAUCUUUCAAUGCGCAUUUCGUUUUCAUCUUUGUUAGUGUCGAAUAUGUUGCAAUUGUGGAUGUUCACAUACAGUUGCGCUGCUAUCACCCAAGAAAGUGUCGGUGUUACUCUAGCAAUGUAUGCAUCACCAUGGACACGUCUGUCCAUGGAUAAGUUCGGAAAAAUGCUACGAAAAGAUCUGCAGCUUGUCAUCAUGAUGUCGUCACGAGCCUGUCACGUCACUGCCUUUCGAUUCUUUCCUAUAUCCCUUGAAACAUACACCAAGAUAAUCACCACAUCGAUGUCGUACUUUACGUUAUUGAGACAAAGUACAAUGAACGAUGCAUAA